AUGGCUGUGGCGGCUCUACUCCCUGGUGGUGUGGAUGCUCGUCCUACUCAUCACCACGACAACAAGAAUGACGGCUUUGUCAAGGUUAACGAGGAUGGAACUGGUUUCACUCGUUUUGGCAAGCCUUACAUGAUUAGAGGCGCCAACUACUGGCAAGGUAUUAACUUGGGUGCCGAAGAGUGCUUUGGUGGUGACCGUGAAAGAAUGGAAACCGAGAUUAAGCAGAUGGCUGAUAUGGGCAUCAGCAACGUUCGUGUUAUGGCUGCCUCUGAAGGUCCUGAUGACCAGCCUUAUCGUAUGCGCCCCAGCUUGAUGUACAAGCCUGGAGAGUACCGUGAAGAGAUAUUCGUGGGUCUAGAUUACCUUAUGGAUGUCUUGGAUCGUUACAAUAUGACCGCAGUCAUGACAUUGAACAAUUUCUGGCAUUGGUCUGGAGGCUUCUCCCAGUACGUUGCCUGGAUAACUGGUGAUGAGAACAUCCCUUACCCAGUCAACAACACCGGUUGGGAUGAAUUCACUGCCUAUACUGCUCAGUUCUAUAACAAUUCCGACAUUGCUCCUACUGCUCAAAAGAUUUACAAGGAUCAUAUCAAGACUCUCGCUAACGAGCCCCAGCAAGGACCUGCUUGGUGGUUCGAGGAGACUGGUACUUUCAUCAAGGAAUUGGCUCCCAAUCAUUUGGUUUCAGUUGGCUUAGAAAGCAAGGAAGACGAGUUUGACUUUUUGCGCGCUCACGAUCACGAUGUCAUUGACUAUACUACCUGCCAUUUGUGGGUCGAAAACCGUGGUGUUUACGAUCCCAGCAAGGAGGACUCGAUUAACGAUGCGUUGACUUACGGCGCUGAUUUCUUAACCAAGACCUCUGGCUGGGCUGUUGAUCUUGGAAAGCCUAUCGUUAUGGAGGAAUUUGGAAUGGCUCGUGACGCUUGGUUGCAGCCCAACAACUUGACUUUCAAGUACGAUCCCGCCACCCCUACCGCGCACAAGGAUGAAUUCUUCGGUGCUCUCUUUGAUCAGAUCGUCGGCUUUGCCAAGAAGGGUCAGUUCUCCGGCAGUAACUUCUGGGCCUAUUCGGGUAUGGGCAGAUCUACCGACUACCCCAACAAGUACGGCAUGGUUUGGCUCGGCGAUCCUCCUCACGAGCCCCGUGGUUGGUACGGUGUAUACGAUAAGGAUACCACUGCGAAGGUCAUCUCCAAGUACAACUCCGAGUUGCAGGAACUUGAGAAAUGA